GUGAGUGCCACUUUUCUUAGUUUUUAUUUGGUUUUUCUUUAUCUACUCGGUCGAAAUUUGUUGUUAAUAGCCAAUGGUCUGCCGUCGCGCCAUGUUAUCUGGGAACUGGUGAAACCGAUGUGUCAUUUGCGCGCCGUAUCCAAAAACCAUGAACAACUAUUCUUAUUCCGCCCUGGCCAGUGUGGACCACCACAAUCGGUGCUGCGGUAAUCGCGCCUGGUGCGUGAAGGACAUCUGCGGCAUUGUCUGUGUCAUCAUGACUUGGCUACUCAUCCUCUUUGCCGAAUUUGUGGUCAUGCGCCUCAUUCUCAUGCCCAGCGACUACACGGUUUUCAGCACCAUUAAUAUGAUAAUAUUCCAAGCGCUGGCGUUCCUCGCAUUCGCCUCUCACAUACGCACCAUGCUCUCGGAUCCGGGCGCUGUGCCGAGGGGCAAUGCCACCAAGGAAAUGAUUGAGCAGAUGGGCUAUCGAGAGGGUCAAAUGUUCUACAAGUGCCCCAAGUGCUGUAGCAUUAAGCCCGAGCGUGCCCAUCAUUGCUCCGUGUGCCAGCGAUGUAUUCGCAAAAUGGAUCACCAUUGUCCUUGGGUCAACAAUUGCGUGGGCGAAAACAAUCAAAAGUACUUUGUACUCUUCACCUUCUACAUUGCCUCGAUAUCGCUGCAUACGCUCUUUCUGGUGCUCACGCAGUUUGCAGAGUGCGUGAAAAACGAUUGGCACACAUGCUCACCGUACUCACCGCCGGCCACAAUAUUCCUGCUGCUCUUUCUCACGUUCGAGGGCCUGAUGUUUGGCAUAUUCACAAUCAUAAUGCUGGCCACUCAGCUGACGGCCAUAUUCAACGAUCAGACGGGCAUUGAACAACUGAAGAAGGAGGAGGCUCGCUGGGCUAAGAAGUCGCGCCUCAAGAGCAUUCAGUCGGUUUUUGGGCGGUUUUCGCUUGCGUGGUUUUCGCCAUUUACGGAGCCCUCCUGUCGUACCAAAUUCCAUACCCAUUUCUAUUCGGUCUGAGGCAGGAUCCCCCUCCGGACAAUCCCGACAAUGGGCUAGCUUUAUCGAACAACUAAACGUACAAGGAGGCAACAAGUAGCCGCCGCCACUUGUUGAAGUCGCUUCGUGCAAUUUUUAUAUUUUUCCAUUAAUUAACCUCCUAUUCCCCCUUUAAGUACUUUUGAUCGAUCAAUCGAUGUGUGUCUUAGCUUAAGCGAACUGAUUGCCUUAGCGCCUGGUCGAGUGCAGCAUCUAUUGUACUUACUAUACACCUGAG